GAGCACCGCCGCGCGGCAGUACGCCGCCUCAGCUGUCACCUGCAGCCACCUCCACCACCGCCGACCCCAGCUCACCGCGACGGGCGGCACCGUGGAAGCUGAGCCCCCGCCUUCCUCCAGAGAGUGCCCCCACACCACCGCCGCCCGCAGCAGCCCGGAAGAGACACUCCCCACCGGACAGGAGCCGCCGGAGCAGGGGCCGAGCGGAGCAGCAGUCGCGUUCAGCCGUCCCGCGUGCGGUCUAGCCGGUGCCCCCCCCCCCCCAGGCGACCAGGGGAGGGAGACAGCGAGAGAGCGGGGCUCACCGGUAGCUCUCCGCACCAGCUGUCAUCUGCAUUCGCCGGCGAGGCUGCUCACGCCCAGAGAGUGCUGCUGAGGACCGCGCUGGGAUUUGCCUGCUCACACACAGCCUGACUGAGCGCCCCGUCUACUCGCGAGCUCCGUCUUCUGGGGGGUGGGACGCUUGUCCCCAUAUCCACAGCUGGAUGGAACCUGCUUACUCUCUCCAUCUGCACGCGCUCCCUGUCGAUAUGAUACCCUGAGUGGCUCCCACUGCCGCUACUGGUGGAUAAAUAAGUUUGCCAUUUCGUGGGGAAUCACCGACACAGAGCAACGUGACUAGCCAUGAGGAAAGCUGUCGAUUUUCUGGUAUUCUUCGCAGUCCAUUGGGAUAUAUAGUAUCGGCAGUCUGGCAGGAUUACAUUUAACAGCCUACCUGCAAGGACAUCGCCUCAGGGUUGCCACCCCCCCCCACUGAAGGGUCCGUGCGCAUGCAGCCACGGCUGGAAAGUGCUCCAGUACAGCUCCCCCACUCUCAAAAACUCUGACUACACAUUGUCCCCCAUGGUUUCUGCCCUAAUCCAGAGCCUGCAAUCCUAUGUUGUAAAGAUUUGCAAAGGAAUGUUUACAAAGAAAUUGGCAGAUCCAGUGAAGAAGAGAGAAAGUACAGAUUCCAAAAAAGAGCCAAAAUUAGCCACUGACUCUCAAGCACGGAAUCCAAACUUUUCUACAGCACUAAAAAGCAAAGUCAAAAAAAUCUCCAAAUGCUCCUCCGUGCGAAAUAUAUCCCUGACAGGCAAGAGGGGUAAAAAUAUCCCUGCGUCACUAUCGCCAACAUUUAGUUACCGUGUAGCAAUAGCUAACGGACUCCCAACAAACCGAUAUUCGCUUAACAAUGAAAAUUUUCCUCAAGACAUUUUAUCAAUUGACAGCAGUUUCUCAGACUCUUUGAGUGACGUAAAACUACGGCGCAGAUCUGAUGAGCACCAAGCUUUUAUGAUGCCGGUAAGGAGGAACAGGAAGAGCUUGAUCAGUCUGGCUCCCUCCGACGGGAGCUCAGAGGGAGAGCGGGUGGAACGAACCAACCUGCAGACGCUUCGACUAGGAGCCUUACGCAAACUAAGGAAAUGGAAAAAGAGCCAAGAAUGUGUUUCUUCUGAUGGAGAAGUGAGCAACUGGAGAAAGUCACUAGGCCUUCGGAGUAAGUCCCUGGAUAGAGCUGCAAGAAAUCAGAAGGCGGCCUCCUUUGAGCCUGCAUCCAGCUCGACAGGAUGCAUCAGCCAGACCCAGGACGUCAUGGAGAUGAUCUUCAAGGAACUCCAGGGAAUCAGUCAGAUUGAGACAGAGCUCUCCGAGCUAAGAGGGCACGUUAACGCCUUGAAGAGCUCCAUUGAUGAGAUCUCCAGCAGCGUGGAAGUGGUGCAGACUGAGAUCGAACAGUUGCGUUCUGGCUUUGUACAGUCCAGACGGGAGACGCGGGACAUACAUGACUACGUCAAACAAGUUGGCCAAGAUAACAAAGCCACUUUGAAAUUUGUCAAUGUGCCGGAGGAUAAAUUGGAAAAAACAGAGAAUCUCAUUUACCAAAUUUUAAAAGAGAAAAUGGGCUUCAGUGACCCACAAAAGGUGAUAAGGAUUGACCUGGCCUAUCGUCUGGGGCAUCAAAGAGACUGCCCCAGUGCCAAGCCCCGACCAGUUAUUGUCAUAUUCUCUACACCUCAAGACAGGGAUUUAGUUUUAAAAAAAUGCUACAAGCUGAAAGGCACGGGCAUCUCGAUCUCCACCGACAGCCUUGCCCGGGAGACGAAAGAGAGGAAAGACAAAGGCAUGAGCACCUCACAGACAUAUGAAAGCAUGGACAUCAGGGUCUCCACUAAGGAGAAAACCGACCUUGAGGACUGGGACUCCAUGGACAGUGAUAGGGAGUUUGAGGCUGACCUAAACCGCAACAAAUACUCAGUUGUUUCUAAAUCAUCACAUAAGAGUAAAUCUGAUAAGAAGAAAUCCCACCAUUCCCACAGCAAAUCGGGAGAUAGGACAGCACGUUCGGGCCCGGCACCAUACGUCGACGACACCUAUCAAUCAGCUAUGUAUGAAGAUUCGGACAAACAAACAAAACCGUACUACUCUGACCUGACUCCGAUUUGGCUUUCUCAGAGCGAGUACUCAACCCCAAAACUAAGUCGCUCUGAAUCAGACUGUUCAAAGAUGUGCCAGUCAUACUCAGAAGAUUUUUCUGAGAAUCAGUACUACAGCAGGACCAAUGGCUGUUCCCUUCUGUCCUCCUCAGACCAGGAGCUUUGGCAAAGGAAGCAGGAGGACAUGGCAUCCUCUUGGUAUGCAAGCCCACCCAAUCCAACCCUGAGUCAGGAAAACCAGGCGUACACAGAACCAAACGGGGCAGAGACCACAGAAACAGUAGACAGUGGCGUGAGCAAUGGGGUUGUGUGUGUCUCAGCUGACAGAAGCCACUUCAGUGGCUCCCAGCUGUCACUGCAGGGCGAUCUGUCACCUUGGAAGGAAUGGCCACAUCUGGAACAAGGGGCAGAUUCUGGGUUGGAUGCCUCAACUGAACAGAACAUAGUAUCAGAGGUCAGCAGCCCAUUUGACCUGAGAGUCAGUGCAGGAUUCCCCAAAAACAUUACUAAGUGCCAAGAAGUGGAUUUACAGUUUGAAGGAGAAAAUUACAUGACUCUGGACAGUACCCCUUCUACGUGUCCUGGCCUCGAGAGUGAAACUGCGAGUCAGCCAGACGCUCAGAGUGAUCCGUUUCCUGAUAUUGACACAAAUAACUUCUACAUAAAUCCCAGCAAGUCCGCAACUAUGUAUCACAGCCAGAAUGAGAUCAGACAAGAAAAAACUGAGCAAGUUCCGAGAUCAUGGCACAGCCGCCUCAGCAUAGACCUCACCGAUAAAACGUUCAGCUUCCCAACAUUUGGAUCAACUCUCCAACGGGCUAAAUCAGCACUGGAGGUCGUGUGGACCAAGAGCUCACAGAGUGUGAAUGCCCCUGAGGAGCCAAGUAACUCCACAAUCAUGGGGCGGCUCAGGUCAUUGUCCCAAUCCACGGCGAACGGCUCCAGCACAACCAUAAACUCAGAUGUGUACACAGAGCCGUUGUACUACAAGGCAGAUGAGGAGGACUGUGGUGAGCAGGCCGUGGACAAUGAGACGCAUUAUGUGGAAGUGAUGGAGCAGGUGCUGGCCAACCUGGAAAACAGGACAAAUGCAAAUGAGCCAGAAGAGGAGUAUAAAGACUACAGCAUUUCUCAGGAGGGAAACUAUGUUCUGGAAUAUGACUGCAGCUUAGAUGAGCAGUAUGAUGAUGAAUAUAGUGAGGGCUGUGAUGAUAACCCAGCCACAGAAGACAACACUGAAUCUGAGGCGAUGGCUUACAUUGAGGAACCAGAGCAGGCUGAGGACACGGCAGCACAAGAGGAUGAAAACCAAAACCUGCCGGCAGCAGCCAUGGUCGAGACCCCUCCGAAAAAGAGGUUACGACCAACGUUCAAGGAAGCGGCCCUGAGAGCUUACAGGAAGCAAAUGACAGAGCUGGAGGAGCAGAUUCUGGCAGGAGACCACGCUGCUUUGGAUGCACAGGCUCGCAUUGCCAGCCGCCAUGUUCUGGAAACAACAGUAAGCCUUGGGCUUCAGUGUGCUGGAGGGUCAGGGAGCAUCCUUUACGGCAUCGACAGUAUGCCAGAUCUGCGCCGGAAGAGGACGGUGCCCAUUGUCCGAGACCUGGCCUUGACCCUAACUGCUCGAAAGGCAGGCAUCUCCUUCGCUCUGGUGACCAGAUCCACACUCAGCAAUGAAGACCUGAAGCUACACGUCUUCCGGAAGACUCUGCAGGCCCUCGUCUACCCGAUUUCGUCCACCACCCCACACAACUUCGAGGUGUGGACGGCGACGGCGCCCACGUACUGCCACGAGUGUGAGGGCCUAUUGUGGGGCAUCGCGCGCCAGGGCAUGCGCUGCUCCGAGUGCGGGGUCAAGUGCCACGAGAAAUGCCAGGACCUGCUCAAUGCCGACUGUCUGCAGAGAGCUGUGGAGAAGAGCUCCAAGCAUGGAGCAGAAGACAAAACCCAGAACAUCAUCAUGGCCAUGAAGGAGAGGAUGAAGAUCAGAGAGAAGAACCGGCCAGAGGUGUUCCAGCUCAUCCAGGAGGUCUUCCACAUCUCCAAGGAAGACUUUGCUACUCACCUGAAAGCCGCCAAGCAGGCUGUUCUGGAGGGCACCUCUAAGUGGUCGGCCAGAAUCACCAUCACAGUUCUGUGUGCCCAGGGCCUGCAAGCCAAGGAUAAGACCGGAUCCAGUGAUCCGUAUGUCACCGUCCAGGUGGGAAAGACCAAGCGCAGAACCAAAACCAUCUUCGGGAACCUCAACCCUGUCUGGGACGAAAAGUUUUCCUUCGAGUGCCACAAUGCAACAGACAGGAUAAAGGUGAGGGUGUGGGAUGAGGACGAUGACAUCAAGUCCCGGGUGAAGCAGCACUUCAAAAAGGAGUCGGACGACUUCCUCGGGCAGACCAUCAUCGAAGUCCGGACACUGAGCGGCGAGAUGGAUGUUUGGUAUAACCUGGAAAAGAGGACGGACAAGUCUGCGGUGUCUGGGGCCAUCAGGCUGAAGAUCAACGUGGAGAUGGAAGGGCAGGAGAAAGCAGCUCCACCACAUGGCCAGUACACCUGUCUGCAUGAGAACCUUUUCCAUCACCUGACGGAAGUGCAGAACAGCGGGGCAGUGAAGAUCCCCGAGGUCAGGGGCGAUGAAGCAUGGAAGGUUUACUUCGAUGACAUUUCCCAGGAAAUCGUCGACGAGUUUGCCAUGCGCUUCGGAGUCGAGUCCAUCUACCAGGCAAUGACCCAUUUCUCCUGCCUGUCAUCCAAGUACAUGUGUCCCGGCGUCCCAGCAGUCAUGAGUAACCUGCUGGCCAACAUCAACGCCUACUUCGCCCACACCACCAACACCACCAGCACCAACAUCUCCGCCUCCGACCGCUUUGCCGCCUCCAACUUCGGGAGGGAGAAGUUCGUCAAGCUCUUGGAUCAGCUCCACAACUCCCUGAGGAUUGACCUUUCCAAGUACCGGGAUAAUUUCCCAGCCAGCAACCCAGAGAGGCUUCAGGACCUGAAGUCCACAGUGGACCUGCUGACAAGCAUCACCUUCUUCAGAAUGAAGGUGCAGGAGCUGCAGAACCCACCACGGGCCAGCAUGGUGGUGAAGGACUGUGUACGGGCCUGCCUGGACUCCACAUACAAGUACAUCUUUGACAACUGCCAUGACCUCUACAACCAGCUACUGGAUCAGGCUAAGAAACAGGACGCUCCACGUGAGGAACAAGGGCCAUCCAUCAAGAACCUGGACUUCUGGCCGAAGCUCAUCACCCUGAUGGUGACGGUCAUCGAUGAGGACAGGACCGCCUACACCCCCGUGCUCAACCAGUUUCCACAAGAGCUGAACAUUGGAAAGAUCAGUGCAGAGGUGACAUGGACUCUCUUCGCCAUGGACAUGAAGUACGCCAUGGAAGAACACGAGAAGCACCGUUUAUGUAAGAGUACGGACUACAUGAAUUUGCACUUCAAGGUGAAAUGGUUCUAUAACGAGUAUGUACGGGACAUACCUGCCUUCAAAGAGUCUGUGCCGGAAUAUUCUCUAUGGUUUGAGCCCUUUGUCAUUCAGUGGCUGGAUGAGAAUGAGGAAGUUUCCAUGGAGUUUUUGCAUGGGGCUCUGGAGAGAGACAAAAAGGAUGGCUUCCAGCAGACGUCGGAGCACGCGCUCUUCUCCUGCUCCGUGGUGGACGUCUUCGCGCAGCUGAACCAGAGCUUCGAGAUCAUCAAGAAGCUGGAGUGUCCGAACCCACAGGCGCUGGCGCACCUCAUGUGCCGAUUCGCCAAGACCAUCAACAGAGUUUUAUUACAAUAUGCGGCAAUCAUAUCAAAGGACUUCGGCAACUAUUUGGACAAGGAGAAGGUGCCCUGCAUCCUCCUCAACAACAUCCAGCAACUGCGCAUCCAGCUGGAGAAGAUGUUCGAGUCCAUGGGAGGAAAACAGGAGGAAGGAACAGUGUCCUUCUCUAAGCUCGACACCGAGGCCAGUGACCUCCUGAAGGAGCUGCAGAACAAGCUGAACACAGUCCUGGAUGAGCUGAGCAGCGUGUUUGGGGUCAGCUUCAAACCCGUCAUUGAAGACUGUGUGAAGCAGAUGAACCAGGAGCUGGUGCAGAUGAAGGCAACUGGAGCCGAAGCCAAGAGCAACGCGGCCCUGGACGCCGAGACCGUGCUCCGGCCACUGAUGGACCUCCUGGAUAAGAACCUGAUCCUGUUCGCCAAGAUCUGCGAGAAGACGGUGCUGAAGAGGGUGCUGAAGGAGCUGUGGAAGACAGUGCUGAACGCCAUGGAGAGGCAGAUCGUCCUGCCCCCGCUGACGGACCAAAGCCAAGGAGCUCAGAUGAUCUUCAGCGCAGCGAAGGACUUGGGGCAGCUAUCCAAAUUGAAGGAACAUGUGAUCCGAGACGAUGCACGGACCUUAAAUGCCCGCCAGUGUGCUGCCAUGGACCUGGUGCUGCCAACCAUCAAGCAAUACUUCCACGCGGGUGGGAACGGCCUAAAGAAGACAUUCCUGGAGAAGAGUCCAGAUCUGAAGUCUCUGAAAUAUGCACUCAGCCUUUACACACAAACUACAGAUGCCUUGAUCAAGAAAUAUAUAUGCACCCAGACCUCCCAAGGGGACUUGUCCAAUGGAACGGUGGGGGAGGUUUCUGUUCAGGUCGAUCUCAUCUCCCAUCCCGGCAGCGGCGAGCACAAGGUCAACGUCAAGGUCGUGGCUGUGAACAACCUCAGCUGGCAGACCAACGCCAUGUUCCGGCCAUUCGUGGAGGUAUACGCCCUGGGGCCUCACCUCGGUGAUAAGAAGCGCAAGUUCGGAACCAAGACCAAGAACAACACCUGGUCUCCGAAGUACAAUGAGGCAUUCCAGUUCAUCCUUAGCAACGAGCACGGCCCCGAGUCCUAUGAGCUGCACCUGGCUGUGAAGGACUACUGCUUCGCCAGAGAGGACCGCACCAUCGGCAUGGCCGUCAUCCCGCUCCGCGACCUGGGGGACAAGGGCAGCUACCUGGCCUGGCACCCCCUAGUUAAGAACAUCUCCAUGGAUGAGACUGGGCUCACCAUCAUGAGGAUACUGUCCCAGAGGACAAACGACGAGGUGGCUAAAGAGUUUGUGCGCCUCAAAUCGGACACGCGGUCAGCCGAGGAACCAUCUUGAAGAAAAAAUAAAAACAUUAAGUGACCCCCCCCCCAGAGGUUUAGGUGAGCCUCGGGUGAUGAGUCAGACGGUACGUCUUUGUGCAUGUGUGUGAAACAUCUGUUGGAAUGUUCGUUUCAAACUGCAGUAUGUACAAGUGUAUACCUAUGCUUAUUGUGAAAUACUAUACUCAACAGGUUAUGUCAAUGAGAUAUUAAAUACCAUUUUGUACCAAA